AUGGCUGAGAUUCAGGAUUAUACCAAGGCUCUAGAGGUUCUUAAGGAGUAUCCUUCUGCAGAUGGUCUCCACGUUGAUACUCUCCUCGACUCGGAUAGUCAUGGAGCCUUGACCUACAAUGACUUCCUGAUCUUGCCCGGUUCUAUCACCUUUCCGGCAUCGGAUGUUACUUUGGAAACCAAAGUAACCCGGCGAUUCACCAUCAAGGCCCCUCUGUUGUCUUCUCCCAUGGACACCGUGACCGAACACAACAUGGCGAUCCAUAUGGCUCUUCUGGGAGGUCUCGGUGUUAUUCACAAUAACUGCCCACCGGACGAGCAGGCCGAGAUGGUGAGGAAGGUGAAACGCUAUGAAAAUGGCUUCAUCCAGGACCCCAUUGUUCUGUCUCCGGAGACCACAGUUGCAGAGGCAAAGGAACUGAAGAUGAAAUGGGGAUUUGGCGGGUUUCCCGUGACUGAGAAGGGAACCCUCCACUCGAAACUUCUCGGCAUCGUCACCAGCAGAGACAUCCAGUUCCACAGAAACCCCGAAGAUCCAGUCACGGCUGUUAUGGCUACAGACCUUGUCACCGCACCGGCAGGCACUACCCUUGCGGAAGCUAAUGAAGUCCUGCGGAGUUCGAAGAAGGGCAAGCUGCCAAUCGUGGACAACCAUGGAUCCCUGAUUUCCCUGCUCUCCCGGAGUGACUUGAUGAAGAACAUCCACUACCCUCUUGCAUCAAAGCUUCCAUCUAAGCAGCUGCUCUGUGCCGCGGCCAUCAGCACCCACGACGCGGAUAAGGUCCGUCUCCAGAAGCUAGUCGACGCCGGUCUCGACAUUGUCGUCGUCGACAGUAGCCAGGGUCACAGCAAGUUCCAGAUUGCCAUGAUCAAAUACAUCAAGCAAACCUUCCCUGAUAUUGACGUUAUCGCGGGUAACAUCGUUACCCGGGAGCAAGCUGCAGCCUUGAUUGCUGCCGGUGCAGACGGUCUACGAAUCGGUAUGGGUAGUGGCUCUGCGUGCAUCACGCAAGAAGUCAUGGCCGCUGGUCGCCCUCAGGCUGCAGCCGUGCGCAGUGUUUCUGCCUUUGCCUCGCGGUUUGGUGUUCCUACCAUUGCCGACGGUGGUGUCCAGAACCUGGGCCAUAUUGUCAAGGGACUUGCGCUAGGUGCCUCAGCAGUUAUGAUGGGAAGCCUGCUUGCUGGAACCACCGAGUCCCCUGGCGAGUACUUCAUGAGCAGUGAAGGUCAAUUGGUCAAGGCCUUCCGUGGUAUGGGCAGUAUCGCGGUCAUGGAGGAUAAGAGCAAGAGUGCUGGCGGCAAUAAUGCUGGUGCUUCCCGGUACUUCUCUGAGAAUGAUAAGGUCAAGGUUGCGCAGGGUGUUGCUGGCUCUGUCAUUGAUCGUGGCUCUAUCACUCAGUUUGUCCCUUACCUCGUUGCUGGUGUGCAGCAUUCUCUUCAGGAUAUUGGUGUCCAGAAUCUUGAUGCCCUGCGUGACGGGGUGAACAAGGGCACGGUCCGCUUUGAGAUGAGAAGCGCAAGUGCGCAGACUGAGGGUAAUGUCCAUGGAUUGCACACCCACGAGAAGAAAUUGUAUUCUUCUUGA